AUGACCCAUCUCGUUUUCAUCGUCGGCAACAAGCUGCCGCAGUUUGCGUCGUACGUGAGCCAGCGCGACUUCAACUACCCGACCUUGACCGUCAAGGAGACGCUGGCCUUUGCGCACGCGUGCAGCGGUGGCACGGCCGUGCCUCCCCGCGUCCUCGACUCGCUCGUGCAUGGCUCGCCGGAAGAGAACGCGCAGGCGAAAGCUGUGAUCCAGUCCUUGUACCACGUCUACCCGGACAUUAUCACGCGCCAGAUGGGUCUCAAGAUCUGCGAAGACACGAUCGUCGGCAAUGGCAUGCUCCGCGGUGUCUCGGGCGGUGAGCGCAAGCGCGUCACAGUCGGUGAGAUGGAGUUUGGCAUGAAGCAGGUGUCGUUCAUGGACGAGAUCAGCACGGGUCUCGACUCGGCGGCCACGUUCGACAUUGUCAAGGCGCAGAAAGGCAUGGCCGCGUCGCUCAAGAAGACGAUUGUGAUUGCGUUGCUGCAGCCGUCGCCUGAAGUCUACAACCUCUUUGACGACGUCCUCCUCCUCAACGAAGGCCACGUCAUGUACCACGGUCCACGCGCCUUGUGUUUGCAGUAUUUCGAGUCGCUCGGGUUCAAGUGCCCGUUGCACCGCGACGUGGCCGACUUUCUCCUCGACCUCGGUACGCCCGAGCAAGACCAGUACCUCGUGUCCAACAGCGUGUACGCGCGCACGCCGCGCCUCCCGAGCGAGUACGCGGAGCUCUUCAAGGAGUCGCAGAUCUACGGCGCCAUGGUCGGUCACUUGGCGACGCCGACGGACCCGGAGCUUGUGAAGGACGCGACGUCGCACCUCGCGGCGCUGCCGGCGUACCACGUGCCGUUCGGGUCGAGCACCAAGGCGCUCGUCCAGCGUCAAGUGGCGGUGUUUUUGCGCAACAAGGAGUUUGUCGUUAGCCGCAUCAUCAUGGUGCUGGUCAUGGGGUUUCUCUACUCGACGUCGUUCUACCAAGUCAACGUCGACCAGAUCGUGACGGUGCUCGGUGUCAUCUUCACCACGGUGCUCUUCCUCGCGCUCGGGCAGCUGCCGACGAUCCCCGCGAUCGUCGAAGCGCGUGAGAUCUUUUACAAGCAAAAGGCCGCCAACUUUUUCCGGACGUCGUCGUUCAUUCUCGCGCAGUGCACGACGCAGAUCCCGUUUGCGCUGCUGGAGACGGUCCUCUUUGGCUCGGUCAUGUACUGGGUCACGGGCUUCACCUCGGACGUCGGCGCGUUCCUGACGUACCUCCUCCUCUUGUUUGUGACCAACCUCGCGUUCACGACGUGGUUCUUCUUCCUCGCGUCGAUAUCGCCCAACCUCAACGUCGCGCAGCCCGUCUCGAUGGUCUCGGUGCUCUUCUACGUGCUCUUCUCGGGCUUCAUCAUGUCGUCAUCCGACAUGCCCGACUACUUUGUGUGGAUCUACUGGAUCGACCCGCUCGCGUGGUGCAUCCGCGCCUUGGCCAUCAACCAGUACGCGGCGUCCGAGUUUCAAAAAUGCGAGUACAAGGGCAUCGACUACUGCGCGCGCACGGGCGAGACCUUUGGCAACGCGCAGCUGCAGCAGUUUGGCCUCAAGACCGACACGGUCUGGAUCUGGUACGCGGUGCUCUACCUCGCCGUGUGCUACGUCUUUUUCAUGCUCCUCGCCUACGUCGCGCUCGAGUACGUCCAGUACGACACGGCCGAGCACUCGGUGGUCGUGGACGAUGGCGACGACGACCAAAACGUGUGGCGCGACACGGACGGCAACAAGGCGACCAACGUGUACGUCGAGGCGCCCAAGACGCCGGCCAAUGCAGUGGCUGUCACGGUGGCCAGCCACCGGUCGGUGACACCCGUGACGCUGGCCUUUGAAGACCUCUGGUACUCGGUGCCCAACCCGACCAAAGGUGAGCCCGACCUCCAGCUGCUCAAGGGCAUCAACGGCUACGCGCUUCCCGGUACGAUCACGGCGCUCAUGGGUUCGUCCGGCGCGGGCAAGACCACCUUGAUGGACGUCAUUGCCGGACGCAAGACGGGUGGCAAGAUCGAAGGCAACAUCCUCUUGAACGGGUACCCGGCCACGGACCUCGCGAUUCGGCGGUCGACGGGCUACUGCGAGCAGAUGGACAUCCACAGCGAGAGCGCGACGUUCCGCGAGGCGUUCCAGUUCAGCGCGAUGCUCCGCCAGUCGGACGAGAUCCCGACCGAAGAGAAGAUGGCGUUUGCGGAAGAGUGCUUGGAGCUCCUCGACAUGAAGAACCUCGGCGACAAGAUCAUUCGUGGCGCCUCGGUCGAGCAGAUGAAGCGCCUGACGAUCGGUGUCGAGCUCGCAGCGGCGCCGUCCGUGCUCUUCCUCGAUGAACCGACGUCCGGUCUUGACGCUCGCUCGGCCAAGAUCAUCAUGACGGGCAUCCGCAAGAUCGCGUCGACGGGCCGCACGGUCGUCUGCACGAUCCACCAGCCGUCAACCGAGGUGUUUGAGAUGUUUGACUCGCUCCUCCUCCUCAAGCGCGGUGGCGAGACCGUCUUCUUUGGCGACCUCGGCGCGAAAGCGAGCCACUUGAUCGAGUACUUUACGUCGAUUCCCGACACGCCGGUGCUCUCGGACGACGCCAACCCCGCGACGUGGAUGCUCGAAGUCAUCGGCGCCGGCGUCGAGGCCAAGAACGCGCACCCGAAGGACUAUGUCGAGAUCUUCAACGCAUCGGAGGAGCGCCGGUUGCUGGCCGAGGCGCUUGCGAUCCACGCCAACGUCCAUCCAUCGUUGCCCGAGCUCACGUUUGCCAACAAGCGCGCGGCGUCGUCCAUGACGCAGUUUACGAUGGUGACGCAGCGCUUCUUCCGCAUGUACUGGCGCACGCCGUCGUACAACAACACGCGCAUCUUCAUCUCGAUCUUCCUCGCCGUCCUCUUUGGUUUGGUCUACCGCGGCGUCGACUACACGACGUUCUCGGGCGCGACCGGCGGCGUCGGCAUGAUCUUCCUCACCUCGCUCUUUGUCGGCAUGAUCUCGUUCAACAGCGUCAUUCCGCUCGCGGGCGAAGAACGCGCGUCGUUCUACCGCGAGCGCGCCUCGCAGACGUACAACGCGCUCUGGUACUUUGUCGGCUCGACGCUCGCCGAGAUCCCGUACGUGUUUGUGACGACGUUCAUCUUUACGAUCAUCUACUACCCGUUCGUCGGUCUCAACGAGUCGGUGGGCGCGUGCGUCUACUACGGCUUCAACCUCUCGCUCAUGGUCUUGAUGAACGUCUACAUGGGCCAGUUGAUGGCGUACGCGAUGCCGUCGAUCGAGGUCGCGGCGCUCGUCGGCAUCCUCUUCAACUCGAUCUUCUUCCUCUUCAUGGGCUUUACGCCGACCGCGUCGCAGAUCCCGAGCGGGUACCGCUGGCUGUACACGAUCGUGCCGCCCAAGUACUCGAUGGCGAUUCUGACGUCGCAGACGUUUGCGAAAUGCACGGGCGACAAGACGCAGCUCGGGUGCCAAACGAUGAAGAACGUGCCGCCGAGCAUCCUCCAGCAAAUGAACGCGAGCAGCAUCAGCGUCAAGGAGUACAUUGAGUUUACGUACGAGAUGUACUACGACGACGCGCUCUUGGACAUUCUCGUCGUGCUGGGCUGCAUCAUCUUCUUCCGCGUCCUUGCGAUGCUCGCGCUGCGCUACAUCAACCACACCAAGCGGUAAACAGAUAGAAACUAUGUACAUAAAACACACAUUUUUAUAUCGCAAAAGGAAAUGUCGAU